UGCCAGUUUCAGAACGUGUUCUGGUCUAUUAUUUUUUGAGGAAUUCCAAAUAUGAGUUUGAAACAUUUUAUGAAGACUUACUUUGAAUGUAUUUUAUUUGGCCAUAAGUAACAUUUAUUAUCAAUAUAAAGACUCCAGUAGUGUUGCCAGUUUGGAAAAAAGUUUCUAGGUACAUUUUUAUUGGAGGGUCAUGGGUCAAACUUUGUCUGAACCAGUCACAGCCAAAGAGUCAGCAUGUUGUCAGAAUUCACAGUUGAAAGUCGGAUCAAGUUGCAUGCAGGGCUGGAGAAUCAACAUGGAAGAUUCCCAUACACACAUUCUUUCACUGCCAGAUGAUCCAGGAACUGCUUUCUUUGGUGUUUAUGAUGGCCAUGGAGGCGCUAAAGUUGCACAGUAUGCAGGAAAACAUCUUCACAAAUAUAUUAUUAAGAGGUCAGAGUACAGGGAAGGAAGAAUUGAAGAUGCGCUACGUCAGGGUUUUCUUGAUGUAGACUGUGCAAUGUUGCAAGAAGAGUCACUGAAGGACGAGUUGGCAGGUACUACUGCAGUUGCUAUUGUUCUAAAGGACAACAGACUUUACUGUGCUAAUGUGGGUGAUUCUCGUGCCAUUGCAAGUAUUAAUGGUAAUGUGGAUGUGCUUUCGUUGGACCAUAAACCCAGUAAUGACACAGAGAUUAAAAGGAUCCAAGCAGCAGGAGGCUGGGUUGAGUUCAAUCGUGUCAACGGCAACCUCGCCCUAUCACGUGCUCUUGGAGACUUUGUAUUUAAGAAAAAUGAAAAGAAGACAGCAGAAGAACAGAUCGUUACAGCAUUUCCAGAUAUUGAAGUUCGUGAAGUAAAUCCUGACUGGGAGUUCCUGGUCAUUGCCUGUGAUGGCAUCUGGGAUGUUAUGACCAAUGAGGAGGUAGUCGAGUUUGUUCGUCUACGUAUCGGAUCUGGAAUGGACCCAGAAGACAUCUGUGAGGACCUGAUGACUCGCUGUCUUGCACCUGACUGUCAGAUGGGAGGACUUGGCUGUGAUAAUAUGACUGUAGUCUUGGUUUGUUUCCUGCAUGGAAAAUCCUAUGAAGAUUUGUCAGCCCGCUGUGCCUCCAUGAAUCCUCCAGACCCAACAGACUCCAAAUAACCUCAUUAAGUAUACUACAUCAGAAGUGUCCAUUUUGUGUGCAGUUCUUGUUUUUAUUUGGUUACUUAAUAUUCUGUUUCUAAGCAACUUAUUAUUCUACAUAAUAUUGCUGCUACCAUAAUACAGGCUUUCUUUUCUUUAUUUUAUAUACACAUCCGUCUGAUCCAUCUUGGUCCAAAGAGUAAAAUAACAGCAUCGUGGGU